CUUCCCUUCAUGGUGCUGGUGCCUGCUUGGGCUGGGCUUUUUUCACACCCAGAAUGCAGCCACGCUCACAAGACCACCACAGGAUACACAGAAGUGCAACCUAGCUGAGAAAUGAGAGUUAAUUUAGCCAAUAUAAUCCUCAGUUUUGAAAUGUAAGGAGUAUGCAGAAGACCAGGCAAAACUUCAUCUGCGGCUUUUCUUUUCCUUUUUGGAAAGAGCACUGGAAACAUGCAUACAACAGCCAAAAAAAUUCACUUUUCCCCCCUUUCUACCUGAACAAAAUCAUCACCUGGCACUCUCCAUGGGUAUAUUCCCUGCUCCCUAGGAGUAUAAACAGAUGUAAGAGUAACCCUUGACUCUUUUGAAACACCAAGUUGAACAUCCCAGAUCACCACUGAAAAUCGGCAAUCUCUUUUUCCUUUCUGACAUCAUGAAAAGUAAAGGAAACAAUGACAGGAUUUAGCUCAAAGCACAUUUUGACAACUAACACUCUACCCAUGGACGCUAUGUAGAAUCAAUAAAAUCCUGUAUUGGAGAAAAAAAUUUUAAAAACUACCAACAAAAAAAAUUUACCAACAAAGAAACCAAGCAACUAACUGAGCAAAAAAAUACCACAAAAAAAAAAAAAAAAAGCCACACAAAAGAGGAAUAAAAACACAAACAACAAAAAAACAAAGAAAGGUCUGUAGAGCCAGAUUUCUUUCCGCGUUUUAAAGGGUGACUCACAGAGGUGUGAGUCCCACAGAUUUGCAUCCUUAAAUGAGCUGUGUGACUGGCUGUGCACGAUGCAGACACGGCUGGGGAGCCCCACGCUGCCAUGGAAAUCUGUGAUGGAACAAAAAGCAGCAGCACUUGGUGCUUUCUGACAUUCUGAGCAGCAGCUGCUCUGCAUGCAGCUCACUCUGCUGCCUUAAAAGAAAACACAAGGCUGCAGGAUUCUACAAGCUGAGAAGGAGAAAAAGCCAACGAGCAGAGCACGAGGCAGCCCAAAGACCCAGAACUUCUUAGACACACUAUCAAACAAAUUAGAAGCAAGACUGAAGAAAGAGGAAGGUAGUAAUGAAAUCUCCUACAGAGGCAUUGAAGUAAAGAACUUGGUUCCAUUUGCUGUCAUGGAACUGACUGGAGGAAAAGGUCUGGUAUUCCUGGCCAUUUGCAUUUUUAAGUGAUUACAGCACUGCAGAAACCAAUGAGCACCUUCCUGGUCCUUAUCAGCAGAGUCUGAGGGCAGGAUCAAGGCAGAACCCUUCCUCUAAAGAAGGCAAUUACUUUGUGACCCCAGCUCAGCUCAGAGGGUGCCUGCCUGACUCCUUCAGUCCCUUCCUGCAGAGGUGAAUCCAGCUGCAUGUUUCCUGUAACCCCUGUCUCUGCUCUGCACACCUGGAGAUAUGAAUGACACCCAUGGCAAAGGGAAUAUCAGUGCUUCUGUGGAACUGUUCCAGCUCAUCAUAUACACCCCCACUUUUAUCCUGGGAUUGCUGUUCAACAUAAUGGCUCUGUCAUUCCUGUUUUGUAAGGUUAAAAAGCUGUCCGAAUCUACAGUCUACAUGAUAGCCCUGAUAUUCCUGGAUACUUUGCUGUUGUUUACCCUUCCUUUCAAAAUCAUUUCCUACCACCUUCAGGACCACUGGAACUUGGGGUCUGUGUUUUGCUCCACCUUGGAGAGUCUGUACUUUGUGAACAUGUACGGCAGCAUCCUCAUCUCCCUGUGCAUCUGCGUGGAUCGCUACAUCGCUAUCUGCUACCCCUUCGUGGCCCUCACCCUCAGAUCCAUCAGGAAAGCUGCCAUGGUCUGUGCCCUCAUCUGCCUGGGCACCUCUGCAGGGACACUCUCUACUUUCCAACUGCAUGGAAAGGGCCACAACAUCUCGUCCUGCUUCCACAACUUCUCCAAGAGCACGUGGCAGAACGCAGGGCUGCUCAGCACCCUGGAGAUCAUCUUCUUCGGCAGCAUGGCAGCCAUGACUUUCUGCACUGCCCAAACCGUCCGGUGCCUGAGGAGGCACAGAAAGCCAGACAACCCCCAGACACACAGCACCAGAGCAGAGAGGAUCGUGGUGACAAACCUGGCCGCCUUUCUGGUGUGUUUCACACCUUACCACGUGGCGUACUUGAUGUACUUUUUGGUGAAGAACAACGUCAUCCACAUCAGUUUUCAACAAGUGCUACGAGACCUUGUUCAGGUCACCCUUUGCUGGGCAAACCUGAACUGCUGUCUUGAUGGGGUGUGUUAUUAUUUUGUUUUAAAGGAGUCAUUGGAAGACCCAUUGCAAAAUAGUGAAAAAAGAGCCAUGCAAAAGCCUUGACUUAUGCACUGAAUGUUCAUUACUUGGGAUGAUGUGUGGAGAGGUUUUGUGGAAAGUACAGGGUUCUGAACUUCUUGCCUAAGCAGUUUGCUUUAAAUAUUCACAGCUGAAAAUAUUUCCUAAAAACCAGAACUAAGUCAAUUUCCAAGAGACUCUUCCUAACAUUUUUAUUUCUUUCCAUAAUGUUUCCUGCUAUUAUUUAUGUGUAAAAAUAUAUUUAAUUAUUCAUAUGAACAGUGAUGCAUAUCUCUUUGGAUAUGAUUCUUCUUCACUGAAAAGAAAAAAAUGUUCACUUAUAUGUGGUAGCGUAUUUCAGCUUCCCUGUCCAUCCUGUACCUGCAGAACUUUAGUCACUAUAGACUUGGUCUGGUGAGAAACAAAGCCUUGAGGUUCAUGGUAAAAAGCUUCAGACUAAGUUCUGUUGCCUCCCCUGUCCUGGUCACGUAUGCUUGUCCUCACACACACAUGCCUGUCAGAUUUAGACUUGCACAUGCUAUUUAAAAAAGAAAAUAAUGAUUGUAACUCUAAAUGCAAAGGUAGCUUUAGGUUCAUAUGGGUAUAGCAAGAUCUCCAUAUCAUUCCUCCACUGCUGGACUUCAAGGUGCAGCCCAUGUUUUAGUGACAGGUGUUGUGGCAGCUUGUCACACAUCUAACUAAUGCUGCCACUGGCUCCAAUCCCCACACAGCACACAGUAAUGGACUCCCCCAGUUCCAGGUUUCCUCAUCAGCUCCUGUCCUACUUGCAGGCUUUUCACGUCUGUUACUUCCUGCUUGGUUACAAACAUAGUUUCAUGAACAGAGCCAAACCAAACAAGAGCAUGAAAUAAAUUCACCAUGUCCAAUGCAAUGGCAAACACAUGAACCUGAAAGAACCACCCCCACCUUAUGGGGAAAUAAGAUAAGAGCAGCCCUGAUCCCUAAAGCAGUAGCCAGAAGCACACAGAACCCUGGGGGAAAGCAACCUUUUGGACCUCAGAGCACUCCCAUUCCCCAAGCAAACAAGGCAAUAAAAAAUAAUCAAGCAGUGAGAGCCUAACAUGCCAGUCAGUUCUUAUCAGUGCUCACAGGCACAGAUAAGCCCAAAGACAAGGAGCAUGCAGCCUGCAGAGGGGCACCCCACUGCUCUGGGCCACCCCCACUGCUGCCUGCAGCCCUGUCCCAGCCAUCAGCUGCCACCUUCCUGAGGGAUGAGGCUGACUUAGCAAUCAAAGCCAAGAGUUCUCAUAUUCAUGCUGAGCUGGAUCCUUGCUGUUCCUCUCUGAGGCAGGGACACUAAUCCCAGCCUUUGAACUGUCUCUUUUCCUCAUACUUUUGACAAGGCUAAUGCACAAAGUGUGUAUUGAUUUCUCCCCUGAGUUGGA